AUGGCUGCCACCAUGAAGCUGUCGCUCACCUUCAUCCUCCUCCUCUCAGCAGUGCUGGUGGUGUUCGGGGACGCCCAGGCGACCUGCGACCUCGUCCGGUGCAAACAGGGAGGGCACAUCACCUGCAAGAACUACCCCGGCCAGAAGCUCGACGGCUGCGCCUGCGUGUGCGCGCCCAAGGACGGCAAGCACUGCGUGCUCCGCCUCGACGACGGCUCGACCUACGACUGCCCCAAAACCAAGUGCUGA